AUGUCCAGGACUCGAUGUGGGGUCCCAGAUAACCCCCGUGCCACAAAUAAUAUCAACUCCCAUGGUCAUAGCCAUCUCAACAUAGGCACUCAUUUUGCUUUCUUCCCAAAUAACCCAAGAUGGCUCCCUGGGCAGACGCAUCUCCUCUAUUUUCUCGACUCUGGCUCCCACCCAGAGACUGCCGGCGCAGUUGCCAAUGCUUUUGGCGCAUGGGCUGGUGUAACAAACUUCACCUUCGAGCAGACUUCAGAUCCAGCAAUUGCCAAUCUCCACAUUACUCACGCCUUUGCACCAACUGAUGGAAGGUUCCAUUUCGAUUGUGAAGAGAAUUGGGUGAUCGGUGCAGUUGCUCAUGCUAUGGAUUUGCAGACUGUUGCUACGCAUGAAAUAGGUCAUCUUCUAGGGCUUGCGCAUACUCCAGUUCAGGAAGCCAUCAUGUAUGCUAUCAUCUCUCCUGGAUUAACCAAGGGUUUGAAUCAGGAUGAUAUUGAUGGAAUUAGAGCUUUAUACACCGGUUGA